AUGCUUAAAAAUUUAUUGCCGAAUCCAGUUUCACGAAAUCGUCUAGAAGAACAAAUGAAAUCAACAAUGUCGUCGACGUUUUUAUGCAUAAAAGGAUCUUAUGAUUGUCGAGAUCAUUAUAUCGUUCCGGUAGAUUCACCAUUUGGCGUUUAUAUACUUGAUCAUUGUUGCUUUGUGCCAUACAUUGAUCUUCUUAAAGAUGAACAAGCUGUCCAUCAUCUACGACAAACAUUAAAUGAUUUGAUCGAAAAAAUUACAAAUAGCGAAGGUUUUAAUACACCUAAUGGAAGUUGCAUGCCUACCUUUGAUGAUUCUGACCUCGACGAAUAUGGUGAUGACGACGUUGAUUAUAGUCAAGUAACACAUGGAGGGAUGCCCUGUAUUUAUUCCACAAUGGAAAUGAUGAAUCUAUUCAAAUGGAACUUUCCUCCACAUGAUCGAAAAUGA